UCAUAAAAAGGGGCGUCUGCACGCAUUGCCGGUUCAGAUUUUCGUCGCUCAUCGCACAGUGUGGUUACGAACGCGCGAAAAAAUGGCACUGUUCCCCCUGCUCAACAACCGCGGUUCCUGGGGCCCCUCGGACUUGGUGAGGCGCUUCUUGGACGACGAUUUCGGCGGCUCCUUCCUGGACGGCGAGCUUUUCGACCCGCCGUUCUACCACCAGCGCUUCUACAUCCAGCCGCGACAGGCGUCCGAAGGUCGCGUCUGCCCCGCCCGCCAGCAAGGCACUUCGGUUGCCUGCACGCCCGACAAGUUCGCCAUUAACGUCGACACUCGUCACUUCGCCCCCGAAGAGAUCAGCGUCAAGACGCAGGACAACUGCGUCGUCAUCCACGGCAAGCACGAGGAGAAGUCUGACGACCGCGGCUGCUACGUGAAGCGAGAGUUCACCCGACGCUACGUCUUGCCGGAGGAUGUCGACCCGGAGUCCGUCAAGUGCCAUCUCCAGCCCAACGGACUACUGGCGCUCGAAGCUCCGCGCAAGAACGCCCCCAAGGAGCAGCCGAAGGCCAUCCCCAUUGAAGUGAAGCACGAAGGAGGCAGCGGCGAUGUCGCUAAGAAGUGAGCUUGCAAGGCCUGUAGCCUGCCCUAGUCACUUAUCGUAGUGCACUAACUCUCGACGCCGUCAACUACUGACUUUUUUUUUUUUGUCAUGAAGUGGUUCUCCACUGAACUUGUGUGCCUUCAACUGUUGUUUCCCUACUUGUUCAGAGGGCUGUUGUACAUUUUUUGUUGUUUUGCUUUCUGGUAUGUAUGCUUCGUGCGUUUAAUAAACACGUGAAGCGUGCUACUUUUUUUCAGCAA